UACAGAAUUGGACAGCUGUACAUGAUAAGCAAGCACAGCCAUGAGCAGAGUGACCGAGGUGAAGGUGUGGAAGUGGUGCAGAACGAACCCUACGAAGAUCCAAACCAUGGCAAUGGUCAGCUGACAGAAAAACGGGUCUAUCUCAACAGCAAACUGCCUAGCUGGGCUAGAGCAGUAGUUCCCAAAAUAUUUUAUGUUACAGAGAAGGCCUGGAAUUAUUAUCCUUACACAAUCACAGAAUACACAUGUUCAUUUUUGCCUAAAUUCUCCAUUCAUAUAGAAACAAAAUACGAGGACAACAAAGGAAGCAAUGACAGUAUUUUUGACAAAGAAGCUAAAGAUCUGGAGCGCGAGGUCUGCUUCAUUGAUAUUGCCAGCGACGAAAUUCCUGAGCGCUACUACAAAGAAUCAGAGGACCCUAAAUAUUUCAAGUCGCAGAAGACUGGGAGAGGCCAAUUAAAAGAAGGCUGGAGAGACACCCAUCAGCCAAUUAUGUGUUCUUACAAACUUGUGACUGUGAAAUUUGAAGUCUGGGGACUUCAAACCAGAGUAGAGCAAUUUGUUCACAAGGUGGUCAGAGACAUCCUAUUGAUCGGCCACCGGCAGGCCUUUGCCUGGGUUGAUGAGUGGUAUGAUAUGACUAUGGAUGAUGUUCGAGAAUACGAGAAAAAUAUGCAUGAAAAAACCAACAUUAAAGUUUGCAACCAACAUUCAUCUACUGUGGAUGAAAUAGAGAGCCAUGCCAAAGCAAGAACAUGACAAUGGAUGAAGUCCGAGAGUUUGAACGAGCAACUCAGGAAGCUACCAACAAGAAGAUUGGGAUUUUCCCACCUGCAAUAUCUAUCUCUAACAUUUCCAUGCCUUCGUCAACCCGCAGUGCUCCAUCUAGUGCUCCAUCAACUCCUCUCUCCACAGAUGCUCCUGAAUUCCUAACAGUUCCCAAAGACCGGCCUCGGAAAAAGUCUGCUCCAGAAACUCUCACUCUUCCAGAUCCAGGGAAAAAAACCUUUUAAGUUAACCCAGCAUGCUUCCUCCUGAUAAGCCAUGUCUACCACAGCAAGAGUGACGUAACUCAGUUUCUACAAAGGUCAUGGUGGUUUGUUGGUUGUUUUUUUUUUUGGCUUAAAAUAAUUGUACUGCUGUGGAAAGAUUACUGCUUUCCUCAGACUUGAUCCUUAAAGCUU